AUGUCGGUCUUUGAACCUACUCUUCCCUUGCCCACUUCAUGGCGUGAUAUAUUCCCUUAUAAUCCUGUGCCCUGUUCCCGGUCUUCUCUUGGACUCACUGCUAUGAGUGAUGAGCCCGGCGUCCUGUUUAUGGGCGCCAGGUCCAAGCGAACCCACCGCCAGAUGUCACAAGAGUCUAGUGAGGGGAGCCAUACUUCCUGGCACCGUCACUUUCACCCUCCACUCCCCGAAGCGGGCGGCUCCCGUCCCGCUCGGUUGCCACCCAUGAGAACUCCUCGUGAUGGAUUCGAUUUUCGACGACCCGCUGCCACAUCUUCGCAGGAAGAAGAUGUGAUUGACUUGACCAAUGAGCCCGAGACACCCCCACAACGUACACAUGAUCGUACCUCGGACAGCCGAACUUUAAGUACCUCGAGACCGCCGCGGUUCGGGAGGAACAUUUUGGCAGAUGUCGUGGACCUUGAAGGAGAGCCGGAUGAUGACCCUGGUGAAGGACCAUCUAGCAGUCCAGAGGUUCAAUUUGUCCGGGCCACUACACGGCCUCGACCACCAGCACCGCCUCGAGGAAACUGGGAUCCCUUCGCGAUGCUCUCCAGCACCCUUACACGCGGCUUUCGUGCUCGACAAGACCACGAGGACAGACGUAUGCUUUCAUCUGUACCUUUUCUCCAAACAAGAGCUGGAAGACAUCACCUCCAUGGGUUUCACGACACUAUGAUCUUCUCCGGAGAUGGAUCUGUGCUUAACAGCCCUGGUAUCUUGGACUAUGAAUACUCUUCAUUUGCCAUGCGACCCUCUACCCCACAAGAAGCGAGACCUCAGCGUGAGGUUUACAAGGCUCCAAGCCCAGCACCUGAAGGAUUUACACGUACCCUGGGCGAUGAUGACAUUGCAGUGUGUCCCAACUGCUCCUGGGAGCUGGGUACCGGAGAAGGAAAGAGGCAAGAAAUCUGGGUUGCAAAACCUUGUGGGCAUGUCUAUUGUGGCGAAUGCGCAGAAAACAGGUCUCUGUCAAAAGCUAAAAAGGCCCAAGGACCUCAAAAGACAAAGCCCUUCUCAAAAUGCCAGGUUGUGGACUGUGGAAAACAUGUCAGCGCGCCCACUGCCAUGUUCCACCUCUACCUGUGA